AUCUCGCGGGCACGUGGCAGCCGGGGAGAUCUCGCGAGACUACGGCGCGGCCACGUGACGCGGCCUCGUGGCGGGGUGGCAGUUGGUUUAAGUAGUUAAGACUUUUGUGAUAUCAAGGAAGAAUUUGGGGUAGAUGUUUACAAGAUGGCUCAACGGUUUCACAAAAAAAGCCAGGAGACCAAAAUGCCAACUGAAUCUUUAAGAAGCCCUUUCACUUAUCCCAACUUCUUGUUGAAAAGCCCUGACCUUGGAGGUAGCUACAGGUUGCCCAACAGCAACUUCUUCUUUUGUGAACAAACCAAACAGUUCUUUGCUUGUCAGAACAGCUCAGGAAGUGCUAGCACUACUUCCACCAUUGAAAUGGUAAACAGCUUUAAACAGAAAGAGAUUGGAUCAGAAAUAAGUGGCAGAAUGCAAACAGGAAAUUCAGUGGGAACCACCAGCUGCAAAAAUAGUCUGGUACCUUCAGCAGGGAAGGUAAAAUCAACUGUCAGUUCUGACUUCCAUCAUGCAAAGCAGAAGUUACAUAAUUCCCCUGAUAAUAUUUUAUCUGUAAACUGUGAUUUGAAAUUGCACAAUCCAUUGGUGCGAUUCCCUCGGAUAACUACUUGCCAUCAUUGUGGUCUGUCUGGGUCCCUGAGAUGUUCACAAUGUAAACAGACGUAUUAUUGCUCUGUAGACUGCCAGAAGAAAGAUUGGUCAUCCCAUGUUGUUGUAUGCAAGCCAGUUAAAAAGAAUUUUAAAAAAAAUGAAGAAAAUGCCAAGCCACCUGGUGAAAUAAAGAAAAAGGUUGAUUUUAAGGGUAACUUAUCUCCUGUGGAUGUUGUCAGAACAGAAGGUAAUAUAAAGAAAAUUAUGUUUUCAGACCUGCAAGAUCUAGGGCUCAAAAAAGCUAUGGAAAUACAGGGAACAGUCACAGAAUUCAGGAAUCCAAGUGAAUUUUAUAUACAAGUCUAUUCUCCGGAAGUUUUGGAGCGUAUUAGAACACUUACUGUGAAACUGAAAGACUGUUACGCUAAUGCAGUUAACGAGGAAGAAUAUGUUCCUGUCCGAGGGGAAGUCUGUGUUGCAAAAUAUUUCCUGGAUCAGACAUGGAACAGAGUACUGGUAAAAGAAGUUGACAUUGUGCAGAAGAAAGCUCUAGUAUUGUAUAUUGAUUAUGGAAAUGAAGAAAAUGCUUCAUUACUUAGGAUUAAACAGCUACACAAAGACAUUGACCUGUUUCCCCCGUGUGCCAUUAAGUGUUCUGUUGCUAAUGUUCCAAGAGAAGGAAGCUGGAACAAAGACUUCACCAGCAUUAUCACCCCCUUUAUGGGAGAGCGCUGUUCAGUUGCUAUUGCUGAUCUUCUACAAGAAGAGAUGAUGACUUGUUUUGCUGUAGAUGUUGUCAUCCCAAGUUCUGGGAAACGCCUAGAUAAUAUACUUCUUGAAAUGGGAUCCGACUUGAGUCCAAAGAGGAGCAACAAUGAACAAAUGCAUUCAGAGAAAAGUACCUUGUUGGAAACAGGUUCUGAAGGAAAUGAAGGCAUAAUGGUUGAAAAUAAAAGGCUGGAUCACAACAGUCAUUCAACCAUAAAGGCUAUUGCAUUAACUGUUGGAGAUAGGUUUUCUGGCAUAGUUUCUCAUAUUCAGAAUCCAGAAGACUUUUUCUGUCAGCAACUGCAUAAUGCCUGCCAACUUGCUGAGCUUCAGGCAACCCUAUGUGAAUACUGUAACAAAAUUCCUAGUACCCUAGACUUCCGUCCAGCUGUUGGUGAUGUCUGUUGUGCUCAGUUCACAGAGGACGAUCAGUGGUAUCGUGCUUCUGUUAUAGCAUAUAUUUCUGAAGAUACUGCUUUGGUGGGCUAUAUAGAUUAUGGUAAUUUUGAAACGCUUCAGAUAACCAGACUUCGGCCUGUGGUUCCGAAACUGUUGGAGUUGCCGAUGCAAGCUAUAAAGUGUACUUUAGCAGGUGUGAAACCUCAAUUAGGAACCUGGCCCUCAGAAGCUAUUUCUUUCAUGAAACAACUAGUGCACAAUAAAGUGACUACAGCAAGAGUAGUGGGUAAAACAGAUUAUAGCUCUGUGGUAGAGCUUACAGAUGAAUCUUUCACUCCAGUAAAUGUAUCUAAACAUCUUAUAGAAGCAGGCUAUGCAAUGAGAGAAUCCAAGGCUCUCAUGACAGCACGUGAAACCAGUAACACUGGGAAGGAAGGAAGCGGAGACACAGUAAGGAAAGGUGAUUGGACGUGGGUUAAGCUGGCUCUUAAACAGACAGUAAAUGUCAUGGUGUGCAUGUUGUACAGUCCUGGAGAGUUCUAUUGUCACAUCUUAAAUGAUGACUUGAAUGCUCUAAAAGUACUCAACAAAUCCUUGGCAGAAUACUGCCAGCAGGCUUCAGCUACUAGUUUCAAACCUGUAAGGGGAGAGCCUUGCUGUGCUUUUUUCUCUGGUGAUGGUAAAUGGUACCGUGCUUUGGUAAAAGACAUUUCUUCAGAUGGAGCUGUUAAAGUACAGUUUGUAGACUAUGGAAACAUUGAGGAAGUAACUCCAGACAAACUCCGACAGAUUUCAUUUGAGUUCCUGAAACUUCCAUUUCAAGGAAUUAAGUGUUGGCUAUCAGGUGUAAAGCCUGUUAACAAACAGUGGCUCCCAGAAACUAUAGCAAAAUUUCAGAUGUACACAGCAGGGAUAAAACUUCAAGCCAGUGUAAUUUCCUUGACCAAAAAUGGUGUUGGACUAGAGCUCAUUGACAAUUCCACAGGUUGUCCAAGAAUGAUCAGUGAAAUGUUAAUAUGUGAACAACUGACCUUAAAGGAAGUUCAAACAAAUAAAGAGGUGCUACUAACCAAAUCUGCUGACAAAAGAGAGUGGCAAGAAACUUCCUCAUCCGAGCAGUGGAAAACAAUAAAAUUGCCCAUUAAUAAAACCAUAUCAGUUCGCAUAGUGGAGUUUAUAAAUCCAGAUUUGUUUUAUGCAAUGCCGUCUGAAACUAAAGUGGAUCAAGACAAGCUCUGCACGCUAAUGAUUGAACUGGCAGAAUAUUGCUGCUCUUGUAGCAACCAGUUGUUCAAACCAAAAGUUGGUGAAGCCUGUUGUGCCAAGUUUUCAGGUGAUGGUCAUUGGUACAGAGCUGUUGCUUUGCAAGUUUCUCCUUCUGAGGUGAAGGUAGUAUACGGAGAUUAUGGAAACACAGAAACUCUACGAUUUUCUAAAGUGAUGCCUAUUACUGCAUGUCACUUAAAGCUGCCCUUUCAGAUAAUUAAGUGUUCACUUGCAGGGAUUGCGCAAUUUGAUGGGGACUGGUCUGGAUUAGUGACAGAUUUGCCAAAAACACUUGCAGGGGAGAGUGUCACAGUUACAGUGAAAGGGAUCACAGAGAAUAUUCACGUGGUAUCUGUGAUGAAAAGCUUUAAAAAUGGUAAUCUAAAUGUAGAUGAUGGAUUAGUAAUGGAAGGUUUGGCCAAACCUCCUGCUACUGGAAAUCCAAGAAUUCUACCCCAAGAGCAUGCAAGUGAAACUAAAUGCUGCUGCACAGAAUUAAGAAAGCAAAUUGAAAAACAUGAGCAGAUACUCCUCUUCCUUUUAAAUAAAUGUGUGGAUCAAGAUGGCUUUAGUGAAAUGGAAAAAAUGUUAAACGCAAAGUCUGCCUGACUUGAUGUAUGCUGAUGUGCUUAUAUAGAUGCGUUAUGUUGGCAGUAUUGAUAAAGCUGAUGCUUCUUGCUGUUCUCGUUCCUAGAACAGUACUUGCAUUCAGGUGUUUAAUUUCCUAUUAAGUGUUGUCUAAAUAUACUCAAACACAUGGAAUAUUACUGUGAACAUGUACACCAGAGCCAAGUUGCAGCAUGAAGUUUCAGUGCUGUGAUUCCUUUGAAU